AGACUCGGCUUCAUAAUUUAAAAAUCUUUGAGUAAUCUCUUCCGUUCUCCUAAACGUAGUCGUUUCACAUUAGACUCAAAUCUUUAAACAACAGUUAUGUCUCCGUCGACGGCGGCGAUUUUCGUCGGUCCAAUCUUAGCGGUGGACGCCGCCGUAUCUCGCGCAAUUCACACGGCGGCGAAACCAUCCCUCCCACCGUUUCUUCUCCUCUUCCUCGAAAUCUCAGCUGAUUUCAGAUUCUCCUUCCCCGUAUCACUUUCCCUCCUCCUCUCCCCUCCAUUACGCUCUUUCCUCGUCCCAUUCCUCCUCGGCCUCCUCUUCGAUCUAAUCUUCGUCGGACUCGUGAAAUUGAUCUUCCGUCGUGCUCGUCCCGCUUACAAUCACCCUUCAAUGUCCGCCGCUGUAUCAGCUGAUCACUAUUCCUUUCCCUCAGGUCACGCCUCUCGCGUCUUCUUCGUUGCUGCAUCUGUUCACUUCUUCUCAGCUGUUGUAGAAGCUCCGACGGUUGGUCCAACCUACUCUUUCUUAGAUGGAUGGAUCAGAGAUCAUAACGAUGGCGUUGUGAAAGGAGAGGUUGUGGUGGCUGUAUGGAUCUGGGCAACAUUGACUGCGGUUUCUAGGAUUCUGUUAGGGAGACAUUAUGUGCACGAUGUAGCUGCUGGUGCUUGCUUAGGGAUUCUAGAAGCUCUCUUUGCUCUUCGGUUUCUGAGAUUUGAUGAAUUGAUCUUUGGAAGACUCUUUCGUUAUCGUCAGAAAGAAAACCGUUGCUACAUUUCCCAAGAAUCAUAUUAUCUCUUUCAACCGAUGCCUUCGCUUUGUUGGAUAUAUACUCUUGCAAGCUCGGUCACAGGAGAUGCGUGUGAAAUUGGACCCACCCUGCAGUAUGUAAGAGGCUGUCUUCUACGAUCGUGGAGCAAACUGGGUGGGAGAUAUUAUUUUUAAAAAUAGCUAUAAUUGAAGCUUGAAUGAAAGGUCCAAGAUUGUUUUUUUCUUGAGUAGCUUUUUCACCUUCUAAUUAUUCCUCUACUUUUUUUUUUUGGGUGAAAUGUAGAAGAUGGGUAUGAAUGUGAUUGAUUGAUUGUGACAUCAUAAACUUGCUCAAUUAUCGCUGACAGAAUUUGUUAUGUGUCAGCUGUUUCUACAGCAAUUCCUGCAGGAAACUCUGUUGAUUAGACUGAGAAAACAGAGCCAAAGCUUAGAUGGCAAGGAGGUGUAAAGUCCCGAUCUGAAAAUUCAGUUGACAUGACUCUCUCACGGUAACAAUCUCUUUUUCUAAGAUAUAACCACCAUAUUGCUUCUUGGAUUGGGUUCUUGAUGGUAUCCUUAUAAACCCGAUACCAGAACCAACCGGUUAUGAGUUUGGAGUGAGAGUAUGAGUGUGUUAUGAAUUAUGGGAUUGGUAUGUGUUGUUUACCUUGGAUUGGUUCCUGUCAUCAUUUAUGAGAGGGUGUGUAAUGAAUUAGGAUUGGUAUGUGUUGUUUUCUUUGGUGUUAUGUAUGCUGCAAAAGUAGAGGCACACAAAGUAGGAUGGUACAUCAAGAACAAUGCCCACCAUUGGAAAACUUUGAUUAAUGAGUUCACAUGGUUCUCUCCUGUAGAUAAAACAAGGACAUACCUUGUUUCAACCUUAAUGAUCACUCUUAGUUUUUUGUGGCUACCAAACAAAACCUCUUUUAAUAUUUCAGUGUCUCCUCAUCAGACCCUACCACCAUUUUGAGCACGCGGCGUCGUAGUUUUUUGACAAAAAAAAAGAACUGGAACAGCCCCAGUUUUAUGAUUAGCAAAAGAGAGUGUGAUUAGCAAACUGAUAAAUCAAACACUGUAAAAGAUAAAGGAGUGAUAUUUGAGUUGAGAGGUGGUGAUGGAACAUUGUAGCAGUGAAUCUCCUUUUACAUCUGAGAGUGGCAGAGGGUUGAAAGGGGUCUGGUCUGGUCAUCUCUUUGUUACCAUAUUUGAGGUGAAUUAUUGUUGUACUAGAGUUUCUUAUUUUUGCCCUAAAUUUUGCAAGUCAAGCACUCCCCCUGGGACUGUGACCUAGCUCAGGUAAAAAAGUGGAUCUAAAGCUAGAGAGGUCUGAUGCUGUUUCUGAGUUCAUCAUUAUCAUGUCCUGCACUAACAUCCCAAAAAAAGGAAGAAAAUUUUGUUUGAAAAAGAAAAUUUGAUUACAAGCAUGUGAGUACUUUUUAUUAGAAAUUCUGAAAGAGAAGAGGAUAGUACCAACAACACACACACAUACACCUAUAAGAAAUAACUUUCUUCUGAUGUUUCUUUUCGGGCUUUGUUUCAUAUUCUUUUGUGAAAGUUGAAAUUUUUUACUUCUAAUUUGUGACAUAAUAAUUGCAGGUUAGGAGGAGGUUUAACAGCAGGAAUUGAAUUCAAAUAUUGGUAUUUUUGGUAUAAUAAUAAAAAAAAAUCAUAAAACUGAAAUUUCAUUUUCUUUUUGGGGGGUCAUUGUGGGUUGUCCUCCACUUUCUAGUUUUCUAUGGCACUCGUGUUCUCAUAAACUGUGUAUAUUUGUUAAAUAAUAAGAAAAUAUAGAGAUAAAACUUAUAAAGGACCA